GCCACAAAGUUCUUUCCUAAAAGUCACUUAAUUAGUAAUUACUGGGUCGUUCAAGCUUUUCCAAACUACUGUAUUGUAACUCACAGAGAAGGAGUUAUCAACAAGAGAUCUGGUGGCCAUAAGAUAAGUUUAGAUCUCUGUGCAAAAUGCUGCAACAUUCAAAACCUUAGGCUCAAGUGGAGAACCAGGUGGUUUGUAGUAAAAGACACCUUCAUUGCAUAUCUUGACCCUUCACAAGAUAAAAUCAAAGGAGUUUUAUUAUUUGAUGCUGUGUUGAAUGUUUUACACCAAGCACCUUCAAGCAGACUCGUAAUAAGCAACAUAUCAAGAAGUUUAAAUGUUGACUGCUGGACAGACAGACAAGCGCUUGAUUGGAAGCGUGCAAUAGAACACAGCUUCAACAACUUAUCAUAUGGUUUAACUGCACCAGACAUCAGACAUCAGUCGUUUGCCCCACCAAGAGAAGACUCGUAUGCUUACUGGUUUGUGGAUGGACGUAGUUACUUUGAUGCUGUGGCAGAUGCAAUAGAAGAAGCAAGGGAGGAGAUAUAUAUCACAGAUUGGUGGUUGUCACCUGAGAUAUAUAUGAAACGUCCCAUAGUACAUGGAGAUCAUUGGAGAUUAGAUAAACUACUCAAACGGAAAGCUGUUGAAGGUGUAAAAAUAUACGUCCAACUCUAUAAAGAAGUGGAGAUGGCUGUGGGUUUGGAUAGUGCUUACACAAAACGAACACUCAAUGAAAUGCACCCAACUAAUAUAAGGGUAAUGAGACAUCCUGAUUUAACACCAGGUGAAACUUUAUUGUGGGCCCACCAUGAAAAGAUUGUUGUCAUUGAUCAAAGUAUUGCAUUUGUUGGUGGGAUCGACCUUUGCUACGGACGUUGGGAUGAUCAAGAUCAUAAAUUAACUGACACCGGUGGUGUUUGCUCAACUGAUACUGUAGAUGGUGCAGAAGCUGAUGCCAAACCAACCGUAACAAACAUACCUCAAGCCUCGUCCACGGGAGUCGCAUUUGCGAUGUUUGGCACAAUGAUCAUAGGGGUAUCCGAACAAGUCUCCAUGGAUAAGGUUCCCCCAGUACCUAGAGCACCAAGUCCAGUUGAACCAGAAGAACCAGCCGCCACUGGAUUUAAAAAGAGAUUACGCUCACUAAGGCCUAGAAAAAAGAAGUCAGAAGCCACUGAACAAAAAAUAAAAUCUCAAAAAGAAGAUGAUAAUUUGGUUGAAGCUACAUCAGUUGAUUACGGUUCAAUGAACGAAGCCGCGCCCCUUUUACAGCCGACACCCAUUCACCAAUCAACGACAAAAAGUUUUAAGCAACCAGGAGACAUCACAAUUAAUGGAGUUAAUGAACCUGAGAAUGUGACUGUGGAGGAUGCUGCACCUCUACAAGCAUCAUCUGUACUGACGCAAUAUAAAGACAUGGUUAACCAAGUUGAAUACGCGGCACAGUCGAAACUGUGGAUAGGAAAGGAUUAUAAUAACUUUAUAUUAAAGGAUCUUACACAACUGGAUGAUCCAUUUGGUGAUGUAAUGGAUAGAUUGAAGACUCCACGAAUGCCUUGGCAUGACAUUGCUUGUGUAACUUAUGGUAAAGCUGCAAGAGAUGCUGCAAGGCAUUUCAUACAGCGGUGGAAUUAUACUAAGAUACAAAAGGCAAAGAAGGGAGAACACAUUUCAUUCCUGCUCCCAAAAUCCUACUCAGAUGACGCAUUUAAUCUUCCCAAAGAAUUAAUGAGACCAGAAGCUGUACAAGCUAAAGUGCAGAUCUUACGUUCAUCAUGCGAAUGGUCGGCAGGUCUUAGUGAAGUAGACAGGUCAAUACAAAACGCUUACAUUGCCGCCAUUGAUAAUUCUCAACACUUCAUUUACAUUGAGAAUCAAUUCUUCAUCUCGUGCUUAAGAAACGCACAAGUUGGAAACCAAAUCUGCACUACACUUGUGAGGAGGAUUAUUCGUGCGCAUAAAAACAAGAAAGCGUUUCGCGUGUAUGUUGUGAUGCCUCUACUGCCGGGGUUUGAGGGAGAUAUUAGCAAAAGUGGUAAAAGUCAAGCCAUAAGGACAGUUCUUCACUGGCAAUACAAGAGCAUUAACAGAGGUUCAGCAUCUAUGUUUGAGGAACUGGAUAAAGAAAUUGGCCCUGGCAAUGCUUGGCGUUACAUCUCGUUCUGUGGUCUCCGAACUCAUUCAAAGUUGAUGGGCAAACCAAUCACAGAAAUCAUAUACGUUCACAGCAAGAUGAUGAUAGUUGAUGAUAGACUUGUUAUUAUUGGAUCUGCGAAUAUAAACGACCGUAGCAUGUCAGGUACUCGUGAUAGUGAAGUAGCAAUGCUGGUAGAAGAUUCACAACUUGUAGAUUCUACUAUGGAUGGAAAACCAUGCAAGGUUGGUGUAUAUGCUUCAUCACUCCGAAGGAGAUGUUUCGCCGAGCACCUUGGUUUAUUACCUGAUGAUUAUGAUGGUCGGUAUCUACGUUUGAUCCGAUGACACACGAUGUUGGUAAGAUACUUGAAGAUGUUGCUUCAGAAGCUUUCUUCAAAGAUGUGUGGAUGAAGACUGCAGCCGUGAACACAACAUCGUAUGAAAAGGUGUUCUGUUGCGUUCCAUCAGACUAUGUGCGAAAGUUAACAGACAUUGAGUCCUUCCAAAAAACUCCUCUUGUUGAAAGUGAUCCUGAAGCUGCUGAAACUACUUUGCAAAAAAUCAAAGGAUAUCUUGUUCUUCUUCCCCUUCUCUUCCUCAUUGAUGAGGAUUUGACUCCGGAUGUAAUGACCAAGGAAGCUAUGGCUCCUACUGAUCUAUGGACAUAGAUAUCUUAUUUAUCAAGUAAUUCUUCACUCCCCUGCCUUUAAUUAUGCAGUAAUUAUUUUUCAUUAUUCUCAGGUAGGCGAAGUAAGAAAGCAAAGUUUUUUUUAUUAAAAUUUGAAUCAUUUAAAUGGAACAAUGUACCCAAUUUUUUAUUUUGUACUCAAAUUUAUUUUUUAAUUGUUUUUGUACAACAAUCCAGUUGCCUUAUCAUACACUUCUGUAUGUGAAGCAAUUAAGAUACAAAGAUAUUAUCUUUAUUAAAUACCGUUUGGCAGAGAACUUUUUAAGAGUUUAAGGUGUUUUUAAACAUGUUGAUCAGAUCACCAAAACAUUGUGCACUAAUGUGUACUUUUUGUUUCUGUCUUAUACAUAUGCUUAAAUAUUAAAACUUUCUACAACAUGUAUGUGUAAUAAACCCGGUGAAAAGCUGUUUUAGCAUUUCUAAACAUUUUGCAAUGAGAUUGUUUUAUUUAAUAACAGUUCUAUUUCGUAUUGCCAUCUAUAAAGCUGACCAUGAUCAUUAACAAAUAACAUUCUCUGUACAUGUUUGCACUUUACCAACAUAAUCCAUAGAUUCCUGUAAUUUUUGCAGUUAUUUAGUGUAUUGAUAUAUAUUUUCUUUCAUACAUGACCAACCAAAACAUUUACAGUUUCAUUAACAUGCGUGUUAUCGUGUUUACAUGUGUUUUUAUCUUGUUUACAAUCAACAUGUGCUUUAUCGUGUUUUAUGUUAUUAAUGUUCCAAUCCAAAGAUAAAUUUGUAAAUAUUCUUUACCUGUAUAUUUUAAUACUUUCGCCUUUUUUGGUACUGUUAAUUCUCAUAUUUACUUUCAUGAUAUAGUAAGUUGGGGUAAAACAUUUACAGAAUAAUAUAACCGUAUCCUCACUUUUCUAAAACAGCGUUGUUAAUUGUUAAAAUUAAGAUCAUGAAUUAUUGGACAUUGUGCUAACAGUAUCCAUCUUACUCCACAGUACUAUAUAAACCAAAACUCAUUAUAUAAUGCUACACCCAGCAUUAUAUACAGGACAGCUAGUAUUUCACUUUAAGAUCAUUAUAAAGUGCUGGUAUUUACAGUAAAUGUUGUUUUAAGACACAGCCUAUUAGGUUUUUGACUCUGGAAAAUAAGUUAUAUUUUUUUGUAAUAAUGUGCUAUAACAUUGUGUUAAUUCGAAUGCAUAAUCAUUGAUACAUGAGACGCGGCCUACCUAGGCCAUUUUUUUAACUAGAUGUGUUGUGUGCUCUCCUAUGCAGUAUUGGAAUUAUAUAUAUCUAACAUAAA